GUCGCCAGCGCGCGGGGCCGGGGCCGGGGCGGCCAUGGCCAGUACAAUGGUGGCGGUUGGCCUGACCAUAGCGGCAGCUGGAUUUGCAGGUCGCUAUGCACUAAAAGCUAUGAAGCAAAUGGAGCCUCAAGUAAAACAAGCACUUCAGAAUCUACCAAAACCUGCCUUCAGUGGUUAUUAUAGAGGUGGAUUUGAACCCAAAAUGACUAAACGAGAAGCAGCUUUAAUACUAGGAGUGAGCCCUACAGCCAACAGAAGUAAAAUUAGAGAAGCUCAUAGACGGAUCAUGCUUCUGAAUCAUCCAGAUAAAGGUGGCUCUCCAUAUGUAGCAGCCAAAAUCAAUGAAGCUAAAGAUUUGCUGGAAGACCAAGCUAAAAAGUGAAUGAGAGAGAAAAUCAGAGGGUUUUCCCAUGCAAAUGAUUAUUUUUGAUAAAUGGCUCAAGAGAAGUUCUAAUGCUGGUCUUUGACUUAAUAUAAAUGAAGCUGGAAAUAUGAAUCUAGGGAGGUCCUUCCCUCCCGACUCACUUCUUGGUCACUUUUUUGGGGAAACAUGCAAGGGAGUGAGGCUUAAAGAUUUUUUUGUAGCUCUUCUUUAUUAUGCAGCAAAAUCUGCCCCUCAGAAGUAUUUUCAGUGUAAAAGAGUGAUAACUUGUUCUGGCCAAUGCAUGUUACCAGACACAGGUAGACUUACAUGCUGUUACCAGAUUUUUGUUCAACCAGCUGUGUUUGAUGUUCACGCUGCUGUUCUUUCACAUGCUGAAGUUGGCAUGAUGAACCAGUUUGGGGAGGGGGUGGAAAAAAUCAAGGAUUUAUUUGAUGGGAAGAAUUGGGACAGAUGUGUGCUUGUCUCUGACUGAAGAAAUAAAGUAUAGGAAACAAUGUA